CGAAGAUUCAACAAACACCCUUAUUGUGUGCCAAUAACAAAGCUGGAAUGCACUUGAACAUAACAGAGACGAACUGAAGUCCACCUGUGCAAACAAACGCACGAAUCACCCUCAAUAUUUUAGAGUCUGACUAUCCAAUUGGGAAACAGUUCUUGGUGACAGUCAAAGGGAAGCAAUGAGUUGUACAAGCGCAUUACUAAGUAGCAUCGUCACACUUCUGGUCGCGGUCCAAUGUUUAGCCGAUGAACCGCCAGCAGCAGUUCCAGGUGGAAUCCAAAAAAUGUUCGAUGAAGUGCCGUUACCGUGCACUUCAAGGGCUGUACUGAAUCACCCAUGCUACUUCUGUAAAUGCAACGUGCUUGGAAAUUACCAGCACUGCAUUUACACAUGCAGUCCUAACAGUGGAAACCCCAACAUGCCGGGAACAAAGAUGUGCGCAGCAGACAAUAGUAUUCAGCUUGGCUGCAACCGUUGCCGGUGCAGCCCGGGAGAACUGUUUUACGAUUGUUACCUAGCUAAGGAGUGCACUAACAACGUCAUCAACUCCGAAGAUGGCAACAAUUUCUAACAUCCUACACAGAAUAAAGUAAAAUACUAACCUCGUUGUACCUCAAAUCCAAA